GGACGACUUUCAUAUGACAAAGUAAAGGAACACCGACUUUACAAAGGUUCACUAGAGCAAUUACCUGACGCUGAGGCGAAAAAUCUGGCUGACUUCGCCUUGGCCAGUGAUAGUGGACUUCGCCUUCCCUUGGGCGCUCUUACAUUUUAUUACUAUAACAAAACUUCUUCAAGUGUGGAUAAUUUUUGGAAAAUGGUCGAUAAAAAACUGCAUGAGAACGAAAUUGAACUUGAAAAUGUUGAUUAUGCAAAACAUGCAUUGAAAGACACAAACAACGAAACGCAACUUAUACGUGCCGUAACGAUGUGA